AUGUUCCAACCACAACCCACACCAUUUUCACCCUUCUCUACAUGUGGAUUAAAUAUAUCUCCACAACCGCAACCUCCUCCACCACUUCUGGAUUUCAACAAUUUCCACCACAAUCACAAUCAAAAUCAAAACCUCAACAACCACAAUCACAAUCACAAUCACAAUUCAAUUUCAAACACACAAUCACUUCAUCAACACCAACACCAACACCAACACCAACACCAACACCAACACCAACACCAACAUCAACAUCAUCAAUCCCACUCUCAAUCUCAAUCUCACCCUCAUCCUCAUCCUCAUCCUCAUCCUCACUCCAAUUCUCAUCCUCACCCUCAUCCUCACAACCAUACACAUCCACAUACACUCUCACAUUCGCAAACUCACGCGCAGCAACAACAACGCUCGAAUUCUUUAUCUCACUCCUCUCCGUCGGCAUGUACACCACCAACAACUACAGCUUUCGUGGAUAAUCUAAACUCAAUUGUUGUUACAACUCAACCAGGACAAGGUACGACGGCGGGACGCGGACUAGGAAAUACCCUGCAACAAUUUCAACAUCGACAUCCACAACAACCAAUUUUUAAUCCCAUCAAUAGUAGCUCUGCGAAUUCGAACCCGAAUCUCACGGGCACUAUCAAUCUACCCCACAACACCAAUACCAAUUCUUCUUUACCACCAUUGUUCGCACAGCACAGUCAGCAACAAUACAAAAUGGAGGAUAAUGGUGUCACUGGAGUGAAUGAUAUGGAAGCACAGGAAGCUUUAGCUAGGGAAUUUCAACCAGCGUUGGAGGGACCAUUAGUGGGGGAAAAGAAGAGCAGUCUGGCGAUAGCUGAAGAAUAUGCAAAAGCUGACCCCAUUUAUGUUUCGAAAACUUCUGCAUUACCUCAGAAGUAUUCUCAUUAUCGACCGAUUCUUGGCGAUGGAAAUUGUGGAUGGCGGGCGGCGGGAUUCUCCUACUUUGAGACUUUACUGAGGCUGGGAAAUAGAGGUCAGGUAGAGGAAGAACUAGCAAGGAUAUUAUCGCUGAACAGUCUACUCACAACGGCUGGAGGAUUCGAUGCGUGGAUCUUUGAGGAUAUGGUGGAAGAAACUACCACGUUGUUGAGAGACAUGGCAGAGUUAAUGGAUACUUCUAUUCAAGCUGCUGAAUCCUCGAUCUUGGAUCGAUUCAACAACUCGGAAAUCUCGAACGCUAUCGUAUACCAUUUCCGAUUGUUGGCUAGUUCAUGGCUCAAAGCUAACCCUCAAAAUUACCAAGGAUUUAUACCAGACGGCGGUGGUGUCGAUCAAUAUAGAAAAGAAUGGUUGGAGCCACCUAAUCAAGAGAUAGAUCAUCUUGGUAUGACUUUACUCAUUGAUGUGUUACUAAAACCUACCCGAUUCUCCGUUGAGAUUGUCUAUCUCGACCGCAGUGAAGGAACACAAGUCAACAGUCACAUGUUCCAGGCUGAGGAUUCAAAUGGUCAGCCCACCCACCCAGAAGGUCCAAUCAUAUACCUUCUCUAUCGACCUGGUCAUUACGAUAUCUUGUAUAAGGAUCUUGUACGGCAAAGUAUUGAUAUGAGCUCAAAUAUUCAAGUCAAUCGAGCCACGAAUUUUACUCAUCAGCACUCGACUGAAGCACAUCCUCCUAUGAAUCCAUAUCAAACCAUGGAUCUCCUCCUCAGUAUUCCGGGUGUCAGUUUCGCAUCACCAUAUUCGAACUUUGGCAUGCAAUAUCAAUCACCGAUGUCGCAAGCAUUUGCACCUGCACCAUCUACCGCCUUAUCACCUAUGUCACCUACAGGAAAUUCUGUCUCGACACCACAAUCCGCAACCUCAGUCACAAGUCUUCCUAAUCGUUCAACAUUUACUUCAAUCAAUACUCCUACCCCAAUUAUCACCUCUCCACAUCCAUUCAAAAAUACUCCAAUCUCCCUUCCUAUUCAUACCAUACCUCCACCUACUCCUCAUACUAUUCCAUCCCCUAUUUCAUUAGGAAUACCAGCGGCAAGUUUUCGCCCAAGCAAGUACGAAUGGGCGAUAUCAGCCGAUUUACAAGAAGGACCUGUGCCCAGUUUUCAAACUAGCACGUUUAAAAAUAGUCAUUAUAAUACAGCGCAUUACAAUAAUCCCAAUUUCCAACCAGAAGAAUGGACGCCAGAAGAAGACGGCUUAGGUGUGGGUAGUAAAGGAGGAGGUGGAGGAGGCUAUGGUGGAUGGGCAAGAAAGAGAAGUAGUUGAUGAGUGAGAAAUUAGGCAUGGGACAUGAAAUGGGGUUUUGGGGGAGGGGAAAAAAAUUAUGAUAUUAAUGAUGCAGGUAUUGGGGGUAAUUUUUUGUGUUCAUAUGUUUCAAGGGGGUUUAAGGAACUUGAUUUUGGGGAUUUUGCGAAAACAUGCAAAUUUAUAUCAUAUCAUAAGAUGAUUAUUUUGUUGAUUUGAGAAUCAAAUGAAAUGAAGUUUGUUU